AUGUCUGAGCCCCGCUGCGCCGAGUUCGCCCGGCUGGACUGCUCUGUGCUCGUGGUCUCAUUCGGCUCGGUGGAGGGCGCCCGGCGCUGGCUGGCCGACACCGGCUGCCAGUUUCCGCUGCUCGUCGAUCCGCAGCGGAAGCUCUACCACGCCCUCGGCCUAGCCAGGUCCAUCGCCAAGGUGUGGCAGCACAGCACGCUGCAGUACUACGGCGGCCAGAAGGCGGCCGGCCGGCCGCUGCCAGCCGCCUACCGCGGCGUGGAGGACGACCCGCACCAGAUGGGUGGUGACUUCAUACUGGACGGCGCCGGCCGGCUGGCGCUGGUACACUGCAGCACGAGCCCGCCCGACCGGCCCUCCGUCCAGCACCUGUUGGAGACGCUCGGCCGCCUCGGUGACGGCCAGCCCUAGCCGCGCCCACACGGCGCGCGCCGUCACCGGACCCGCAUCCGUCGGCCAAGCUCGGCUGCUGCACAACUCCGCACGCCAGAUUUCCGGGACAAUCGGGCUAGAUUAGAGUAGGUAGUGUGGUAGCUAGGGCUGUAUCCCAGUGUCUCAGCAUGGUGCUGGUCCUCAGGCCCCAUCUGGUCCGCGGAGACCAGGCCGCCGCGGACAGAUCGCCAGUCCGACGGUUGGCUGGCUCCUCAGUAGGCCGUGGUGCGGCCUGAGAGCG